AUGCGUUCAUUUCGCAACUUCACAUCACUCCUUCCGAUCAUUCUGUCGGUCAUCGCAACCUCCCAUGCUCACUACUUGGACAGGGAGGAGAACAUCCAGAUCCAACCUAUCUGCGACACCCUUGGCCAGAAGGCAGUCGAGUACAGCGUUGGCACCGCUGACAUGAUUCAAGCGGCAGCAUCACUUGCCGUUGCAGCCUGCGGUGGCCCCAAGACGUACCUCUGGGUUGGUCGCAAAGACUCCAGCGUGCCCAACCCUGAGGGCGUAUUGCCUACACAGGACUCUGAUGCCGCCGCCCAAAUCAACGCCUUCAAGAAGAAGGGCUUUACGGCAACCGAUCUUGUGGCUCUCCUUGGCGCGCACAGCGCAGGAACUAGUCUCCAGGAGCUGGCGUUCGACUCGACCCCCGACAAGCUGGACAGCACGACCUUCUACCCGGAGACUGUCAAAGAAACAUCGCCCACCUCCCUUGGUAGUGACGUUGCCGUCAGCAACGCCACCGAGACGAAGAACAUCUGGAAAGGCUUCGGCACGAGCCAGGCGCGUUGGAACACUGCUUUCAAGCUUGCGAUGGCGAAAAUGAGCAUCUUAGGAAACGAUUUGGGCAAGCUUGCUGACUGCUCCAAAUUGGUGUCAUAA